GUGCAGGAGAUGUGUGGUUUUGGGGCCUGCUCUUUCCUUUAGAAAGUCUUUAUUUUGUGAAGAUGAUUUAUUGGCUGCCCCUGGACACACCCGUUCUGCUUUCCCCACCCCUACUGUAUCUUUCCCUGAAUAAGGGAAGCGGUUACUUCAGCCUUCAAAGCUGGGGUGACCGGUGUUAGACUGGCGCGAGCGAGCAGCGCAGGGGUGGGUGUUAAUUCCAGGCUCAUAAUCCUGACGUCAGGCGACCAGGGAGGCCGCCCUGGCCGCGCUCCGUUCAAGUGUGGGCGGAGCCCCUGAAAACAAGCACCUCUAGGCUUCCUCGGGCAUCAGGGCCUUUACAAACUAGAGCUCAGUCACCACGUGUCUCCUCUCUUCAACUCCAGGGUGCAGCCACAUUUCCAAACAGAAAACCAGGGACUCCAGGCCUUCUGGGAGACGGCCGCACAAACCAAUAAGCUCCUGCUACGUCACAGACCCCACCCCAGACCGAGGCUCUCGACCCCCGCGCUGCUGACCCGGAUCUGAAAGAGCUGUGUGGCGCCAGAUUUCCACGUCACUUCCACCACCGCGAUGGCGGCACAGGGAUCUGCGGCGGCGGUUGCGGCGGCGACUACAGGGGUCGCGGGGGAGGGCGAGCCCGGGCCCGGGGAGAAUGCGGCGGGCGAAGGGACCGCCCCGUCCCCGGGCCGCGUCUCUCCGCCAACCCCGGCGCGCGGCGAACCGGAAGUCACAGUGGAGAUCGGAGAAACGUACCUGUGCCGGCGGCCGGACAGCACCUGGCAUUCUGCUGAAGUCAUCCAGUCUAGAGUGAAUGACCAGGAGGGCCGAGAGGAGUUCUACGUACACUAUGUGGGCUUUAACCGGCGACUGGACGAGUGGGUAGACAAGAACCGACUGGCGCUGACCAAGACAGUGAAGGAUGCUGUGCAGAAGAAUUCAGAGAAGUACCUGAGCGAGCUGGCUGAGCAGCCUGAGCGCAAGAUCACUCGGAACCAAAAACGCAAGCAUGAUGAGAUCAACCACGUGCAGAAGACUUAUGCAGAGAUGGAUCCCACAACAGCAGCCUUGGAGAAGGAACAUGAGGCGAUCACCAAGGUGAAGUAUGUGGACAAGAUCCACAUCGGAAACUACGAAAUUGAUGCCUGGUACUUCUCACCAUUCCCUGAAGACUACGGGAAACAGCCCAAGCUCUGGCUGUGCGAGUACUGCCUCAAGUACAUGAAAUAUGAGAAGAGCUACCGCUUCCAUUUGGGCCAGUGUCAGUGGCGGCAGCCCCCUGGGAAGGAGAUUUAUCGUAAGAGCAACAUCUCUGUGUAUGAAGUGGAUGGCAAGGACCACAAGAUUUACUGUCAGAACCUGUGUCUGCUGGCCAAGCUCUUCCUGGACCACAAGACGUUGUACUUUGACGUGGAGCCCUUCGUCUUUUACAUUUUGACUGAGGUGGACAGGCAAGGGGCCCACAUUGUCGGCUACUUUUCCAAGGAGAAGGAGUCUCCAGAUGGAAACAACGUGGCCUGCAUUCUCACCCUGCCCCCCUACCAGCGCCGUGGCUACGGAAAGUUUCUCAUUGCUUUCAGUUACGAGCUCUCCAAGCUAGAGAGCACAGUGGGCUCCCCAGAGAAGCCGCUGUCUGACCUAGGCAAACUCAGCUACCGCAGCUAUUGGUCAUGGGUUCUGCUGGAGAUCCUGCGAGACUUCCGGGGCACGCUGUCCAUCAAGGACCUUAGCCAGAUGACCAGUAUCACCCAGAAUGACAUCAUCAGUACCCUGCAGUCCCUCAACAUGGUCAAGUACUGGAAAGGCCAGCAUGUGAUCUGUGUCACACCCAAGCUGGUAGAGGAACACCUUAAAAGUGCCCAGUAUAAGAAACCACCCAUCACAGGCCCAGCCCCUCCUCUCCUGCCUCUUCUCCCCACAGUGGACUCUGUCUGCCUCAAGUGGGCACCCCCUAAACACAAGCAAGUCAAGCUCUCCAAGAAGUGAGCAGCCUGUGCCCCUGCUGCCGGACCCAUGCCUCUUACCCCCAGCCUGUAAAUAUGUACAGACCUGUUUCAUCAUUUUUUUUUAAUAAAGUAAAUUCUAGUGGCUCUAGA